AUGCUGCAGAAAGCUGUUCUUGACUCGGACUGGAAAACGAUGAACGACUGCCCCACCAACAGCAAGAAAUGCCGAUCUGAAGAGCCACUUUUCAAAUUAACAUCACGUGAUGGUUCGCUCUUCUACGUCUCGGCCAAGGCCGCAAAAUUGAGUGGAUUGAUUCGGCGUUUUGUUGAGAUCUAUGACUUGAACGACGAGCAAGCAAUCUUCAUGAUGGAGCCAAUUCAUUUGCCAAAUGUUAACUACAGAGUGCUUACCAUGAUCAUUCACUGGACAGAAAGCCACAAAAAUUGCCCCAAAUGGAUCGAAGAAAAAUGGUGGUUGAACAAGAAGAAGCCACUAUUGAACUCGUGGGAAAGUGGAUUUUUCAAGGAAAUGCCAAAUGAUUUCUUGUACAAGCUUUUUGUGGCUGCCGAUUAUAUGGACGUGAAAUGUUUAUUGGACGCCUGUGCUGAAAAGAUUGCUGAUCAAGGACGGGGCAAAAACGAGGAGGAGAUGCGCCAAGUAUGGGGACUCCCGAACGAUCUUGGGCCUGACUAUGGGUUUAAACGAGAGACCACUUUCUGGGAGGACAUCUUACAAGGACAAGAGCACCGUGCCCGAGUGAAGAACGAGCAAAACUGCGUCAAAGCGAAGCAAAAAGCUCACCAA